AUGGAGGAGCCAUCGCGGCUGCUGGCGGCGGCGCACGGCACCGGGGGACCCCUGCCCGGUGGCAUCCCCCAGGCCCCGCCGCCGCCCGCCGCCGCCGCCGAGCCGGUUGUCGCUGCGGGGCCGCCGGCCGCGCAUCACGAUACGGGCGAUGUCCUGCAGCAGAUCAUGGCCAUCACCGACCAGAGCCUGGAUGAGGCCCAGGCCAGAAAGCAUGCCUUGAACUGCCACAGAAUGAAGCCUGCUCUGUUCAGCGUCCUGUGUGAGAUCAAGGAGAAAACAGUGUUAAGUAUUCGCGGUAUUCAGGAAGAAGAUCCCCCAGAUGCUCAACUAAUGAGACUAGAUAACAUGUUGCUGGCGGAGGGUGUCUCCGGGCCCGAGAAAAGAGGAAGAGGAGGACCGAUGGCUGUAGCAGCAACAUCAGGUGGCUGUCCAAAUGACAAUAGCAUUGAGCACUCUGACUACAGGGCCAAGCUGUCACAGAUCCGACAGAUAUACCACUCUGAGCUAGAGAAAUAUGAACAGGCCUGCAGUGAGUUCACCACCCACGUCAUGAACCUGCUCAGGGAGCAGAGUCGAACGAGGCCCAUCUCGCCCAAGGAAAUCGAGCGCAUGGUGAACAUCAUCCACGGGAAGUUCAGCACCAUCCAGAUGCAGCUGAAGCAGAGCACGUGCGAGGCCGUGAUGAUCCUGCGCUCGCGCUUCCUUGACGCCAGGCGUAAACGGCGGAACUUCAGCAAACAGGCAACAGAGGUGCUGAAUGAGUAUUUUUAUUCACAUCUGAGUAAUCCUUACCCCAGUGAAGAGGCCAAAGAAGAGCUAGCAAAGAAAGGUGGCAUCACGGUUUCACAGGUUUCCAACUGGUUUGGUAACAAAAGAAUUCGCUACAAGAAAAACAUGGGGAAGUUCCAAGAAGAAGCCAAUAUUUACGCUGCAAAAACAGCAGUGGAUGCAACUAAUGUCGUGGCUCAAGGCAACCAGGCAAAUUCUCCAUCUACACCAAAUUCAGCUUCCUCUGGCUCUUUUAAGAUGACAAAUUCCAGCGAUUCGUUUAUCAACUUGCAGUCCUUGACUUCCUACCAGAGCUCUCCAGUGGGAGCCAAUGUGCAGUCACAGAUGGAUUCCUUACAUCAUGUCAUACACCAGGCAGGAAGAUACGACACAAUCGUGGGGAACCCUUUGUAUACGACGCAGCGCAUAGAUGCUAAUGGCAGCUGGCAGGAUGCUCCCACCCCUUCAUCCAUCACCUCCCCGGCCGGAGACCCUGGAAGCGUGAACUCGGAUGCGUCCAAUUAAGUCCUUAGGACCUGUUAAUGAGAGGGAAGGGGUCAUUAGUGUCAUUUGUCAGUGUUGCUCUAUUGCCAACCCCGGUGUUUCACACAACUCAGCCGAUUACCUCAGACACCCCCCCCCCCCCUUGGAACCAAGAGCUUGGGAUUCCAAUGGUACCUCUCUACCUCUC